GGGUGCCGGUUGCUAGCCUAGGCCCGUCCCCAGGCCCGGCCUGUUGCUAGGGCGAGCGGCGGCCGGACUCCCCCGCCCCUCGGCUCCCAACAUGGCGGCGGGUGGUGCAGGCGGCGGCUGCCCCCCGGCCCCGCUGCUGCUGCUGGGGCUGGUGGCGGCGGCCGGGCUGGGCGGGGAGGCGGCGCGGCUGUACCGGCCCGGGGAGGACCCGCUGACCGUGUUGGAGGCGGGCACCGUGCGCCGGGCGCUGCUCAACUCCUCGGCCGCCUGGGUGCUGCAGUUCUACAGCUCGUCGUGCGGCCACUGCAUCGGCUUCGCCCCGACCUGGCGGGCCCUGGCCGGGGACGUGAAAGACUGGGAACCUGCCAUCAGGAUUGGUGUGCUGGAUUGCGGGGAGGAAGAGAACUAUGAGACCUGUAAAGAAUAUGGUAUUCUCUACUAUCCAACUUUUAGGUACUUCAAAGCAUUUACAAAGCAGUUCACAACUGGGGAAAAUUACAAAGCAGGGUCAGAUCGUGAGCUCCAAACCGUUCGUCAGAUGAUGAUUGAUUUUCUACAGAACCAUUCCCAAGAAUCAAGACCACCUGCUUGCCCUGCCUUGGAUCCAAUUCCGUCCAGUGAGAUUUCUUCUCUUUUUGACAAGAAUAGUCAUCAUUAUACUGCCAUUGUGGUUGAAAGUAGUAACUCCUAUGUUGGGCGAGAGGUGAUCUUAGACUUGAUUCAGUAUGAAAACAUUAUGGUAAAGAGAGUGCUGAAUUCUGAUAAGGCUUUUCUAGAGAAACUUGGUAUUACCUCAAUCCCUUCAUGUUAUCUGAUCUAUCCAAAUGGGUCCCAUGGAUUAAUUAACAUUUUGAAGCCUCUUCGGUCUUUCUUUUCUUCCUAUUUAAAGUCACUGCCCGGUGUGAGAAGAAAACUUGUUUCACAACUUCCACUACCAAAAAAGCAAAAUAAACAGGAGGGCACAGAAAUCAAGGCAUGGAAGGAAUUUGAUAAAGCUAAGCUGUACAUGGCUGACCUUGAAUCAGGAUUGCAUUACCUGCUCAGGGUAGAGCUUGCCACUCACAAGACGCUUGAGGGAGCUGAGCUAAAGACCUUCAAGGAUUUUGUUACAGUCAUUGCCAAGUUAUUUCCUGGCCGUCAGCCCGUGGUGAAGUUGUUAGAGACCUUGCAAGAGUGGCUGGUGAGCCUUCCAUUAGACAAAAUCCCUUAUGAUGCUAUCCUAGAUCUGGUCAACAACAAAAUGCGGAUUUCUGGAAUAUUUCUCACUAACCACAUUCAGUGGGUCGGCUGUCAGGGGAGCAGACCAGAGCUGAGAGGUUAUACCUGUUCCCUCUGGAAGCUGUUCCACACCUUAACUGUUCAAGCUGCCGUUCAACCAAAAGCGCUAAUCAACACAGGUUUUGAGGAUAAUCCCCAAGUGGUCCUACAGAUCAUGCGGAGGUAUAUUCAGCACUUUUUUGGGUGCAAGGCUUGUACUCAGCAUUUUGAAGAGAUGGCUAAAGAAUCCAUGGAUUCCGUGAAAACCCUAGACCAGGCUGUUCUCUGGCUGUGGGAGAAGCACAAUGUAGUGAAUGACAGGCUUGCAGGUGAUCUGAGUGAAGAUCCAAAAUUCCCUAAAGUUCAGUGGCCAACUCCAGACCUCUGUCCCGAGUGCCACGAUGAAAUGAAAGGGUUACACAGCUGGGAUGAGGCCCAAGUGCUACAGUUCUUGAAGCAUCACUAUCACAGUGAAAAUAUUCUAUAUAAAUACACGGAAGGCCAGGUUAACGUUAAUGAAAUAGAAGUUGGGGAUGUGAGAGAGAGAAAAGACAAAAAUUUACCCAAGAAAACAAGUGGAAACAAAGAAGACAAGAUCCUGGAUCAAAAAAAUGUGUUGGAUUCAAAAUCUAAGGCCUUAGAUAAAUUAAUAGCAAAUAACGGACCUGUCAGAGAUAGAAGUAAAAAUGCAAUCGAAUCCGUUAUCCAUAAAGAGACCAAGCCGUCUGUGUCCUUCUUAGGGAUUGGAUUUUCUAACAUAGACAUGAGUCUAUGUGUUGUACUUUAUGUAGCAUCAUCCUUAUUUUUAAUGAUAAUGUACUUUUUUUUCCGAAUGAGGUCCAAACGGUGGAAGGUGAGGUAUUAUCGUCCGGGUGUGUAGAACUUACCAGAAACGACAUUUUCCUUGUAAGUGGCUGAUCAGUACCAGACGCAGCUUUAAUAUUUAUGAUCAGGGAUUUUAUACACAGUAUUGUUUCAAAACCCUCCUCCCCGGCUCCCAACUCAUUUCACCAGUGUUCUCGCUUAGUGCUGUAGAGCGUGCUCUAGGAAUCUCAAUAUUGUCUAGUAUCCAGGUCCGUAGAACUGACUUAGUGUUUACUAAAGGAGAAAGAUUGAACUUUUCCAUUAACAUAUCAUUACGUACUGUUUGCAUCAUUUACUGGUCUCUAAUGUGAGGAAUUGCACAAUGUAAUUAGUUACUCCAGGUUUUGGAAAGAAACUGAAUACUAUUGUGUGUGUGUUCUGACACAGCCUUUUAAUUUUAUCCUGAGUUGACUUAAUAAUCUACCUGUCCACCCGCUGCUCAUUGUGUGAGAUCUUGUUGUUGCCUUUAGAGAAGCAAGAAUUUUGAUUUUUUUUCCCAGAGGAAGAAAAAGUGUAUUUGAAUAAACUUUACAAAUGUAUUAUGUUUUUUAAAAAAUGAAUGUUUUUCUCCAUUACAUUCUUGUAGUUGGAAGCCAUAAGUGUCCAAAUACAAUUCCUCCCUCUCCCCUUAGUUCCAACCAAGGGACUAUGCACUUCCAGGAAGCUCGGCCUGGGGUAUUUGGAUGAUCUGAAUAGUGUACAAGAGGCCUGAUUCUGAUCUUGCGUAGGGCAAUGUCCAUUCAAAAGGAACCCUGUUGACGUCAAUGGAGUUACACCAUUGUAAGUGAGAGCAGAACCAGGCCCAAUCUUUUUGCCUGCCCCGCUAUUCCAAGCUUAAGCAGAGCAUUAAAUAACCCACUCUAUUUGCUAAUUUAUUAAGUAGGGAAGUAACUAAGGAAUAGUUAGGGGAAAUACCCUACUGUUGAAUUACGCUAUUGGAAGCCACUUCUCAUGAACUCUAGUAAAGUGAAACUCCGUGCCUGGUCAAAUAGACUGAAAGUCCUGAUUGGUUUUGGUGGGCCAAUACAAAUUGCAGUUCUGGUUACAGUGAACUUCUUACAACAUUGUGACACACACAAAAAAACCUUCAGUCUAAAGGGUUCCACAAUGUAAGCAUUUCAUUUAGAAAUCUCCCAUUCUGAGCCUGCGAGGUGGUGAGGAGUCUUUGCUCACAAUUGUAAAGUUUUCUGGUGCUACAAAACUAUGAGUGAUUCAAGACAGUCUCCUUAUGCAUGUUCCUUCUGCUAGUGCAUUCCACUGUUUGGAUUAAAAAACAACAAAAUAAGAAUGGCCAUUCUGGGUCAGUCCAGUGGUCCUCUACUCCAGUCUCCUGUCUUCUGACAGUGGCCAGUACCAGAUGCUUCAGAAGGAAUGAACAGAACUGGGCAAUUAUCAAGUGAUCAUCCAGUCCCACUUUCUGGCAGUCAAAGGUUUAGGGACACCCAGAGCAUGAGUUGCGUCCCUUACUAUCUUGGCUAAUAACCAUUGAUGGACCGAUCCUCCAGGAACUUAUCUACUUCUUUUUUUAACCCAGUUAUAUUUUUGGCCUUCAUAACAUCCCCUGGCAACGAAUUGCACAGGUUGACUGCAUUAUGUGAAGAAAUCCGUCCUUAUGUUUGUUUUUACACCUGCUGCUUAUUAAUUUCAUUGGAGUGACCCCUGGUUCUAAACAGACAUUUAGUUGCAAUUGUGCUCAUCACUUUUACUCCAGUAUGGGUCGUGGCAGCUUUUUGGAACAUAGAAAUUGCCAUUCCAGAUCAGACUACUGGUCCAUCUGUCGAGUAUUCUGACUGUGGCUGGUGCCAGAUGCUUCAGAGGAAGGCAUAAGAAGCCACGAAGCGAACAGUUACAAAAUUACCAGCCCAAUGUAGAAGUUUCCUGAUUUCAGCUGUCAGUGGAUGGUUUAUGGCAUGGAGCAUGAGGUUUACAAUCCUAUCUAGUGUAAUUCUUGGUGUUCUUCUCAUCCAUAUGUCUAAUCUUUUUUUAAACCUGCCACGCUCUAGCCUCAAUGUUUUCCUUUGGCAUUGAGUUCUGCAAAUCAAUUAUGUUGUGUAAAAAGGUAUUUCCUUAUAUCAGUGUUAAAGUGAACUGUCAAUUUCACUGAAUGUCCCCUUGCUCUUGUAUUAUGAGAGGGGGAAUAAACAGCUCCAGGCUAAUUCAAUCAUUUAUUCCUUCAUUUGGUUAAUUAUUCUGUGUACUUCUGUAAUGUCCCCUUCUGAUUUCCACUGCAAGCCCUAUUAUAAAGUUAAAACUUAGCACAUUCGUCUCAACAAGGACAGAAUUUUUUUUUUAUUUAUUAACAAGUGGAAAAUAUAGGGAUGUGUGUGUCAAACCGCAGCUUUGUGUAAUUUGAAAAGAAGGCAAAGGAUUAUUCAAAGAAAGCCAAUGCAAAGGGACUAGCAGUAACUAUUGCCUAUUUCCAAUAACCACUUCAAGAAAUUUACUCUGCAUACAUUUGCAUGUGUCUAAAAAUGCCUAAAUCUGCAUUCACACGACAAGCGCUCAUGUUUUUCUUAAGCUGCCUCAGGGCUAAAGUUUAUGUGCAAAGCCUGAAUAAAUGGGCUUUGCAUGAGUGACAAACCCCAUCUCUAUACCUGGAGCUAGAGGGUUGGAAUUCUGCAUUCUGUCCACUGCCUGGGCCCCUUGGCAGUGUGUUGAGGUAGCAGAGGCUGCCGUAGGAUGAUGGUUUUAUGCUUGGGGCGUCUGUGAAGUUGUAAGAAUUUCCGCCGAAAUGGAUGUGAAGAAGCAGCCAUGACGAUUUCACGUCAGUCUGCAUUUUUCUAAGUAAAUGGAUGUUUUUAAAGGCGUGGACCAUGAUGGACCAAAAUGGCUUCCUCCCUCUUUUGUGGGAUUGUUAAGAAUCCCUGUAAGGUCUUAUGGGGCUCAUUUUUGAAUACUCCGAGAGAUGGUGAAACAAGAGUGGAAGUUAACAAUUAAGGUUCUCAGUCUGAUCAGUGCCAUUGUGCUUUGUUAUUAUAGGGUUUCAAAUAGUGGGGGCCCCAAAGGGAGGAGCUUAGUUAGAACAGAGGCCAAAAUUUUGGAACUUGGAGGCGUUAAGUCAGGCCCCUAACCAAGUGGCCUGAUUUUUUCGGGUGGACUUGACAAAGUGGAGGGAGCUUAGCAUCUCUAAAAAUGGGGCACCUGACUUGGAAAAUGUUGAUCAGUCUCAGAGGGAUCUUUGAACUUCCUUGUUGCUGUUAGUAUCACACAUUUUAGUAUUAAAUAACACUGGCUUAUUUUUAACUCUGCUGGAUGUGUAGAAUUGGGUUCGUUAGUUUUUUGUCUCCUUUUAUUUUCAUCGGUAUAUUAAUUGAACCAGUCGAGCCAGUGAAGGAUCAUGGGGAUGAUUUUGCCCUUAGAACAGCUAGUGGGUGAUGCAUUUAAGAAAAUGUGCUUUGCUCACUAUAAAUACUGUAAGCUUUCACUCUGCCUUUAUGCUGUUUUGAAACCUGGGAAGUGGAACAGAUACCCAAACUUCCAGGAUAGCUUUUUUUCCGCAAAGAAUAGAGAGAGAUGUAAACAGAAUUUGAAUUAUCCAAUCUUGGUGUUAUGGCUAAGUGCUGCCAUGUAAUUGGUACAUAGCUUUCAUUUUCAUUGGUAGCAAUGCCCACCUCACUUGGAAAAGCUGCCCUGAACUUUGGGUUUAGUUAUGUAAAUCUCAGUUUGUGCUGUUAUUGUGUAGGUUUAAACUGACCCGUGUUAUUUCCUUUUGUGCAUGAUGACUGUCACAAUGGAUUUCCACAUUCAGUGCUAUAAUAUGAUUUUACUCCUGAUUGACUGCGUCUCCAGAAAGUGUUACGUGUCCGUCAUGAGAUAACGCAAUGCUGUUUUGACAUGCUGUAUUACAAAUACCCUGUCAUAAUCUGGUUAUUUCCUUUUAUUAAAAUACCUUUAAAAGCACCUAUUCAAUCCAGGAAUUUUGAUUUUAUAAUGCGCUAAGUUCCAAAAUUUGCAAGGUGAGAGAAAUCGAUAUGUAUGGAUCAUACCAGACUUCCAUUUUCAGGAAGGAAUUUUGUCCAUCGUAACACACUGAAAGGGUUCUGUGCUGUUCAGAUAUUUUCACAUUGAGAACAUUAAACUGCAGAAAAAAGUAAAAAUAACAAAUAAAUAUAGGGACCUACUAGGUCUAAGGGGGGGAGGGGAAGCUAGUUCCAAGAAUGCCAAAAUGAAACUAUUCCCCUGAGUUCCAAUCUAACUGCAAAUUGUGUCCGUUUCACGUGACUUCUGUUUAGAACUGGACAUUAGUACCAUUUUGACAGAAGGUUCAAAUGUAUUUUCUGUGUCUAAAAAUGUUGACUACAAGCUGUUGAGACUGAAUAUAACCGUUCAAUAAUUUAAGUGUUUUAUUUAUUUUUAAUUGAAUGACUUGAAUAAAAGAGAAAGUAGUGGACAUGAAAAUGUCAGUGUGAUACCUCUCUCUAGCAGAGAAAGUGCCCAUUUUGUACCAAACUGUAAAUGAAUGUGCUCAUUUAAAUAAAUAAAUUGCAAACAUU